GGAAGCUGGCAGAGCCAGUGCCCAGGCAGGCUGGUGGGCAGCAGGCUGGGGCUGAGCUGGUCUGGGGACUGUUGAGAAGGAAGCUAGACCGUGAGCUCCGGCAAAGCAGGGGCUGCCUCUGACGUGUCCCCUCCUGCGUCCCAAAACCUGGAACUGCCUGGCACAUAGCCCUCUAGGUGGCUGCUGGUAUGGAGGGCCCUCUGGCGGAGUGUGCCAAGGGUGAGCACUUCCACAUCGUCACACCUCUGCUGGAGAGCUGGGCGCUGUCCCAGGUGGUGGGCAUGCCUGUCUUCCUCAAGUAUGAGAAUGUGCAGCCGACUGGCUCCUUCAAGAUCCGUGGCAUUGGACGUUUCUGCCAGGAGGUGGCCAAGAAGGGAUGCAGACACCUGGUGUGCUCCUCAGGGGGUAACGCAGGCAUCGCUGCCGCUUACGCUGCUCGGAAGCUGGGCAUCCCAGCCACCAUUGUGCUCCCGGAGGGCACCUCUCUGCAGGUGGUGAGCAGGCUGCAGGGGGAGGGGGCCGAAGUUGAGCUGACUGGAAAGGUCUGGGACGAGGCCAAUCUAAGGGCACAAGAGUUGGCCAAGAAGGACGGCUGGGUGAACAUCCACCCGUUUGACCACCCCCUGAUAUGGGAAGGCCACGGGAGCCUGGUGCGGGAGCUGAAGGCAGUGCUGGGGACCCCACCGGGUGCCCUGGUGCUGGCAGUGGGGGGCGGAGGCCUCCUGGCCGGGGUGUCGGCUGGUCUGGCGGAGGUGGGCUGGCAGCAUGUGCCCAUAAUUGCCAUGGAGACCCAAGGGGCACACUCUUUCAAUGCGGCCAUCAAGGCAGGCAGGCUGGUGACACUGCCGGACAUCACCAGUGUAGCCAAGUGUCUGGGUGCCAAGACGGUGGCUGCACAGGCCCUGGCGUGUACGAAGGAGUUCAAGGUCUUCUCUGAGGUUGUGGAGGAUGUUGAGGCCGUGAGCGCUGUGCAGCGGUUCCUGGAUGAUGAGCGGAUGUUGGUGGAGCCUGCCUGCGGGGCAGCCUUAGCUGCCAUUUACUCAGGCCUCCUGGGGAGGCUUCAGGCUGAGGGCCGCCUGCACCCUUCCCCGGCCUCAGUCGUGGUCAUCGUGUGUGGAGGCAACAACAUUGACAGUGGGGAGCUACAGGCUCUGAAAGCCCAGCUGGGCCAGGACUGAGGGCUCCUGGUUUAGGAGGGCUGGCUGGGCCCCAGUGACCCCCAAGAAGCUCCUGGACACCCCUGGAGGGGGUUGCUGGCUGAGGGGCCUCUGUGCUCAUGGAUGGCAGUGGCAGCUGCCCUGUGCUGCUACGCUGGCUGCCUCCUGCAGGAAGCCCUCCUGAACUGCCCCCUUUGGCUUCCCUGCAGCUCUGGCCAGUAAACUCUUUCUGAGUUGUGCCUGUAACUCCAGCAGGUCCAUUUUUUUCCGCCUCCAUGAACUCAGAGAAGGCACCCAGCAACCUGAUGCCAGCACUCUGAUGAAGCGACUCUCUUCAUAUCACACAGCUUGUGCAUCAAAGCCAAGAAUUCAGAACUCCAGUUCCUAAGGGAAUCCGGCCAUGCUGAGCUCCUAGCCGGGCUUCCCUUACCUGGCGGACCUGCUCAGGAAGGGGAGGGGGACAUUCUGUCACUUCUCAGGCCUGGGCUGGUAGGACAAUAUUGCCAAUCUUUAUCAAGUGCUUGUCAUGUGCCAGAAAUGCUUUUAAGAACUUUCUAUUCAUUGUCCUCUUUAAAGUUCACAAAGGCACUAUGAAGUAGAAACCAUUAUUAUCCUCCGUGUUCUACAGAUGGGGACACUGAGGCAUGGAAAGGUGACAACUCGCUUGAGGUCACACAGGCUGGAAUGUAGCCCAGCCAGUUUCAAACCCUGUGAUUUUUG